AUAUGCGCCGCAGCCCGCCCGUUAAGAGCCUCCACCGUCCUCCUUUGAUAAGGGCAUCACUUGUGUGUCUAUGAAGUAUCCUCCCCACCCGAUUCCAAUGACCAGCGUUUAGGGUCGUUUAUUAUUACGAAGAGGGUUAAGGACAACGCCAUGGCCAAGAACAAAAACAGAGACAGCUGGGGUGAGUGGUCCCUCAGCGACAAAAACGUGUACGACUGGAGCUCGGAGGAGGAGGAGCCUGACGGGAGGGCGCGGCCCGUCCAGGUGCUGGUCGUCAAGGACGACCACACCUUCGAGCUGGACGAGGCCGCCCUGAGCCGCAUCCUGCUGGCGGAGGAGGUGAGGGACCGGGACGUGGUGGCCGUGUCCGUGGCCGGAGCCUUCCGCAAGGGGAAGUCCUUCCUCAUGGACUUCAUGCUGCGCUACAUGUACAAACAGGCUGCGGUGGAUUGGCUGGGCGAGGCGGAGGACCCCCUCACUGGAUUCACCUGGAGGGGAGGCUCGGAGCGGGAGACCACCGGCAUCCAGAUCUGGAGCGAGGUGUUCCUGGUGGACAAGCCGGACGGACACAAGGUGGCGGUGUUGCUGAUGGACACCCAGGGAACCUUCGACAGCCAGUCCACCCUGAGGGACUCCGCUACGGUGUUCGCUCUCAGCACCAUGAUCAGCUCCAUGCAGGUUUAUAAUAUCUCUCAGAACGUCCAGGAGGAUGAUCUGCAACAUCUACAGCUUUUCACAGAGUACGGCCGCCUGGCCAUGGAGGAGACCUGCCUGAAGCCGUUCCAGUCGCUGAGAUUCCUGGUGCGGGACUGGAGCUUCCCCUACGAGUUCCCCUAUGGACAGGAAGGAGGGAUGACCUUCCUGGAGAAGAGGCUCAAGAUCUCGGAGAACCAGCACGAGGAGCUGCAGAACGUGAGGAAGCACAUCCACUCCUGCUUCACCAACAUCUCCUGCUACCUGAUGCCCCAUCCCGGCCUCAAGGUGGCCACCAACCCCAACUUCGAUGGCCGGAUCAAAGAGAUCGACAAGGACUUCAUCGAUAACCUGGAGGUGCUGGUCCCCUGGCUGCUGAGCCCGGCCAACCUGGACGUGAAGGAGAUCAACGGCAGCAGGAUCACCUGCCGAGGCCUGCUGGAGUAUUUCAAGGCCUACAUCAAGAUCUACCAGGGGGAGGAGCUACCCCACCCCAAGUCCAUGCUGCAGGCCACCGCCGAGGCGAACAACCUAGCAGCCGUCGCUGCCGCAAAGGACCUCUACAACAAGAAGAUGGAGGAGGUGUGCGGCGGCGACCGGCCCUUCCUGGCGCCCGCCGAGCUGCAGGCGCGGCACGGCGUGAUCCGCGAGGAGGCGCUGCAGGUGUUCCGCGGCGUGAAGAAGAUGGGCGGCGAGGAGUUCAGCCGGCGGUACCUGCAGCAGCUGGAGACGGAGGUGGACGAGGUGUUCGUCCAGUACAUCAAGCACAACGACUCCAAGAACAUCUUCCACGCCGCGCGCACGCCCGCCACCCUCUUCGUGGUCAUCUUCGUCAUGUACGUGGCGGCCGGCGUCACAGGCUUCGUGGGCGUGGACGUCAUCGCCAGCGUGUGCAACACGGUGCUGGGGCUGGCGCUCAUCACGCUGUGCACCUGGGCCUACAUCCGCUACUCCGGGGAGUACCGCGAGCUGGGGGCCGUCAUCGACCAGGUGGCCGGGGCCCUCUGGGACCAGGGAAGCACGAAUGAGGCGCUCUACAAGCUCUACAACGUCGCGGCGAACCACAGACACCUCUACCACCACGCCUUCCCGGGCGCCAAGGGGGCGGAGCAACAGCCCGCCGACGCCCCCCAACAGGACCGCAAGAGAGACUGAUGGGCCCCGCCGGGACCCCCUGAACCCGCACCCCCCCCCCGGCCGCCACUUCCUGUCGGCGGCCGCACCUGGACAGGAAGUGAGAGGAGGAGGGAAGAUUGGCAGGAGACUUGUGUCGAUUGGCCGGUACGGUCCACCAAUGAAUACAAUCGAUUCAGACUUUGUACAGAUCACGCACACACACUCACACACACACACACACACACACACUCGCACGCACGCACACACACACACACACACACACAGGCUACAGUGAAGACCCCCCCCACUUCCCACCUAACCAUCUAGGGGCCAUCUUGUUUGUCGUUUCCACCAAACACGGUUGUCCAGUGUAAGAUGUGUUUCACGUUGACUUUUGAUACACCUGUAGAAACCAUGAGCACCUGCCCAGGUGAACGCUCCACACGGGACACCUGGCUUAGCCAAUCAGCUGCCUGCUUCACAUUUCAUACUUUGCUGUGUUUUUUUUUGUCUAUUUAUUUUUGUUAUAUUUCAUUGGAAGGUCCUUUGAAAAAUAGCCGAUCCGUCGUGUUCCGAGUUUAAUGUUGUGUAAAGAGGAUAUGAAAUCACUAUCUAUGCCAAAAUAUGUACUGUAUGUUAGGUUUGGAACCACACAAACACACACACACAGAGAUACACACACACAUACACACACACAAACAAACCAUCAGCAUGAUGGGAGAUUGAUGUUUUUCAUUGUAAACCUACUAUCGGGUAUACUCUGCUAAAUCUGUAGAUGGUAAAUGUGCUGAGGUUUUAUUAAUAGAACGCAUUUUGGUUCCACUGAAGUCAUACGGAGAUGGAAACUGGAAUUGUCAUCUUCACGACCGGAUGUUACAGAAUGCUGGUACAGGCAUGCCAGUCUUAGUGUUACGUUUUUGACAGUGUGUACUCCAUAAUCAGGGAACAGAUUUGUGUUUGCAUGUUACUUGAAGUAAGAUAUCUGACUGGUGGAAGGAAGGGGUAAAACACCUAACCAACUGUUGGUGGUCUACAUGGCUGACUGUCUGUUAUAUGCUACAUCAGUGUGCUAGCCCUCUGUUGUCAUCACGCUCUACAGAGAACGCUGAUCCUUUAUAUACAGUAGCCUAUGUGUGGCCAUUUGCAGGAAAAAAAUGUUUGGUUCAAUUGUUUUGUAGCAGUGGGUGAAGUCCUUUGUUUUCGUUCUCCCCCCCCCCCCCCCCUCGUUGAAUGUUCGAGAGAAAAUGUGUGGAAUGUAGCGGUUCUUUGGCCACCAGAGGGCGCUGUUCUUUCUCUCAGACUGUGUUUAACGUUUAUUUCUAACCUGUGGCGAGAAACAGGAUCAAGCAGGGAUGUUUCCGAAGCUAAUGUGUUAAAUGAAAAGCUUGCUUGUGUUUAGGGUUGAGGUGAUUAGUUGAACAGCGAUCAAUGAGUGGUUCUUCGAAUAAGGGAUUAGUUAAAUAAGCGAUUAGUCAAGUAUGGGAUUGUCCAAUAAUUAUUAAAUUAACAAGAAAUCCUUUGAUUAUAAUUUUGAUCAUUAAUUGGUCAUGCUUAUUAAUAAUUGAUCGAUUAUUAAAAUGCAAAUAUUUGCUGCUUAAAGCUUAAGAAGUGCAAAUAAUUGUCUGCUUUACUUGGGGUUAGAUUGUACAAAGCAAGCAAACAAUUGAGAGAACAUUUUAAAUUUUCCUUUUGAGCUCGGGUUAAAUGUUGAGCAUUUGCUAGUAUUCAUGACAUUUUAUAGACUCAGUGAUUAAAUAAAGUAAUCAAUGAUUAACUCA